GGCGUGGCUUCCGGCGAUUCUCGGACAAUUUGAGUGAGCCAGUAGCAGAAGCACAGGCGAACAUUCGCGCGAUCAGUGACUGCUGCUGGGAAACUAAAGCUGUCUUUAGUACAAAAUUGAAGUCGGGCCUGGAUAUAUUUUUCCUACGACAGCUGAGAAGAUAUGUUCAAACGGGUUGUGCGACAGAGUAAGUUCCGGCAUGUGUUCGGCCAGGCGGUGAAGAACGACCAGUGCUAUGAUGACAUCAGGGUGUCCCGGGUCACAUGGGAUAGUGCCUUCUGUGCGGUCAACCCCAAAUUUGUUGCCAUAAUUGUGGAAGCCAGCGGAGGAGGAGCGUUCAUGGUUUUGCCUCUUCAUAAGUCGGGCCGUAUAGAUAAGGCCUACCCUACAGUUUGUGGCCACACUGGCCCGGUUCUGGACAUUGACUGGUGCCCUCACAAUGACCAGGUCAUCGCUAGUGGAUCUGAAGACUGCACCGUGAUGGUGUGGCAGAUCCCAGAGAAUGGUUUGGUGACCUCCAUGUCCGAGCCAGUGGUGGUGCUGGAGGGUCAUUCUAAAAGAGUGGGAAUCGUUACCUGGCAUCCCACCGCCCACAACGUCCUGCUCAGCGCAGGCUGUGAUAAUGUGGUUAUCAUCUGGAAUGUGGGAACGGGAGAGGCCAUGAUCACGCUGGAGGACAUGCACCCUGACAUCAUCUUCAGCGUCUGCUGGAACCGCAACGGCAGUCUCAUCUGCACCGCCUGCAAGGACAAGAAAGUCCGGGUCAUCGACCCGCGCAAGGAGGAGAUCAUUGCGGAGAAAGACAAGGCUCAUGAGGGUGCCAGGCCCAUGAGAGCUAUUUUCCUGUCUGACGGCAAAGUGUUCACUACUGGUUUUAGCCGCAUGAGUGAGAGACAGCUCGGCCUCUGGGAUCCGGACAAUAUGGAGGAGCCAGUUUCUGUCCACGAGAUGGACACCAGUAACGGAGUCCUCCUGCCCUUCUAUGAUCCCGAUACUAACGUGGUCUACCUGUGUGGAAAGGGGGACAGCAGUAUCCGUUACUUUGAGAUCACAGAUGAAGCUCCUUUUGUCCAUUACCUCAACACCUUUACCACUAAGGAGCCUCAGAGGGGCAUGGGAUACAUGCCCAAGAGAGGGCUGGAUGUCAACAAGUGUGAGAUCGCAAGGUUUUACAAACUGCAUGAGAGAAAGUGUGAACCAAUCAUCAUGACCGUGCCAAGAAAAUCGGACUUGUUCCAGGAUGACCUUUACCCCGACACGGCGGGUCCGGAGGCCCCCCUGGAGGCCGAGGAUUGGUUUGAAGGGAAGAAUGGAGAUCCUAUCCUCAUAUCCCUGAAACAUGCAUACAUCCCAGGCAAGAACCGUGAUCUCAAGGUGGUCAAGAAGAACAUCUUAGACAACAAGAUGAGCAAGAAUACAGAGAAUACUGCUCCAGCCGUCAAGACUGCCACCUCCACUCCAUCUAUCAAAAAUGAAGCUAAGCUGGAAGAGGUUUUGAAAGAAAUGAAGUCUCUCAGAGAGCUGGUCAGCAGUCAGGAAAAAAGAAUUGCCAAACUUGAGGAGCAGCUGUCUAAAAUGGACAUCUAAUGGACCCUGAUCCCUUCCCCUUCUAUUCAGGAUAUCCCAUUGGCCAGGUGGGCGGGACCCGUCACUGCCAAUCACCAUGACAGCGUUCCGUCUGAAGCCUGCCUUGAAAAGACUCCAACCAACAUUCCAAGAUGAUAAUUUUCUUUUUUUAGCAAUCCCCCAAAACCUGUUUAUACCUCGUAGCCAUUUGGAAAACUAGAAACGCCUUCAGUUUCUCUCAAACUGGACCUGUUUAGCUUUUUACAGUCUCUCCAAAUCUUUCUGCAGCGGCUGUGUUUUAUCUGGUGUUCUUGAAAGGUCUUAAGUUUUUGUUUUUUUUGUUUUUCUUUAUUAAAAUUGUGACAGAGCAGAUUGCAUAAUGAACUUGAUGAGCUCAAAGUUUAAAGUAGCCAUCAGUAUUGCAGUUCCCCUCCUAUCCCUCUGAGUUGCCAAAUUUAAUGAGGAGUUAUGCACCUCCCUGACAGUAUUUGACUAGCUUUUCAUUUUGUACUUUGUAAAAGGGACAAAGCUAUAUGCUAGUAAUGCAAGGAGGGGAAAUCAUUGGAACCAUUCAUCACUGUUAUAGGUGUCUUUCUAGAGAAUAAAAAAAUGAAGAUUUUAAUCAAACAGGCAGAGUUGACAAAUUUACAAACCAGUCCUGGAAAUCAAUAUAGGUGCACUAAAAUAUUCAAAAAAAAAUUUUUUUAGUACCAAUGUAAAAGUAUUUAAAUAUUAAAUAGCAAAAUAAUAAAUAAUUGUGGUUCUGAUGGUGGCCAUGAAUAAAGACACAUUUUCAUGAUCUCAAACAUUGCUCGUCGUCAUAAUGCUAAUACAAGCAAAUUGAGUCAGGUUUUUCCCCUCUCUAAUUUCCUCAUAUCUGAAGUUUUCUUAAUUCAUGUUCUGUUUCCUGAAUGAAGCCAGAACCAGUACAGCUCUCACUUUGUAAACUCUAGAAGUUCCCAGCUUCUAGUUUCACAUCCCAAAACAUGAUGAUAUAAGCUCAGAACAAGAUGCCAUUGACAUUCAUUAGCUAUAUUAGCAAAACUCUGCUUUACCAGCUCGACAGCUUUUACUCUGACUUUGUUCAGACAUCAUUCAGGUCUAAGGAACACCGUUAGGUUUGCUUUGCUUUCUCAUGAAUUCCUACGAAUCUCAUCUCGAGUUGUGCCGGCCACACCAUCUCAGAAACGAGCUAGUUUGAUGUACAUACUUCUGCUGUGCAUUGUAGACCGUGACUACCAGCACAAUAGUGUGUCAUGAGUGGCUUCCUUAAGUUAUUUUGCGAUGUACUGUCUCUUCCGCUCUCCUAGUCGAGCAGAACCAGUGCUCUCCAGGGAUGGCUCAGGUCUAGAUGAUGAUUUCACGAACAGGUGCCACAAGUUUGAGCUGAACACAACUGGAUUUUUUUUUGUUUGUUUGGUUAUCUAUUGGCCAUGUUAGGAAGAGAGGGAACUGUGAUUCUGUUGU